UAACCCUGUCAAGAUAAUAUGGGAGAAAUUUAUGAAAUGCGCAAGAAAGCUUACAAAAAAUAAAAACAUCUUAGUGGAUGACGAAAUGAAGGAAAACAUAUGCUCUGAUUUUGCUCGAUACCUUAGCAAGCUUGAAAAAUGUAUUGGAGAGUAUGAUUUAUUCUUUCACAAAUUGGUCUAUCAUAUGCGUUAUAGAGAGCAUAUGUCCAUACCAGAAAAAAUUGGCCCAAUCUCGUCUAUGCAAAAAAAUGAGAUAAUUGCUGACCUACCAGCCUUACCUCACAUAUCAGAAAUUGAGGUGCUAGAUGACAUUAGUAAUUUAUGGUAUUUCCAUCUUGAAGGUGUGGUCGAGCCGGAGAGAAGAGCUCACCCACCAAUAGACCCUAAAGAUAUAAAACCACUGUCAGAAGAACCUGGUUC